AUGAAAAAGAACACGGCCUUCAUCAAACGCCUCCGCACAGCCGUCACCGCUUCCUCUCAAGCCACCUUCAUUCAGGAAAUCCGAACACUGUCCCUUCACAAAUAUCUCUCUGAGAUUAUAUCCGCAUGCUACGAAGGGCUCAGCAAGCUCAAAACACCCGGCGAAAUUGCGGCGGGCGUAGAGAUUGUAAGCGCCUUGCACCAGCGGUUCGGUGCGGUGGAGUUCACAGGAUAUCUGGGCUGGUUCAUAGGUAGGGGACUGAGCUCACCGGACAAGGCACAGCUGAAGUCUCUGCCGCAAGAUGUGAGGGACAGAGAAGAAAAGGAGCGCCUCGCGCGCCAGAGGGUCCUCCUUCGCGUUGCUACUGAGCUUUGGCUUGUUGGGGUCCUGAGAAGUUUGGAAGACGUCACCAGACUGGAGGAGGCGACGAAGGGCAAGGAGAACGUCAAAGCUGGCGAUGGGUCCGCGAAGGGCAAGGCUAGCGCAAACCCGGUCCGCUCUGGACCUGGAGACGCCGAACCGUUCCCACUGGAGGUACUCAAGGAUAUGCUUGGACAAGACCGAGAGCAUGUGAACCUUCCGCUGGUAGUGUUGUUUGUCAAAACAUUCUCGUGGGACGUGCUGGGCGUCAAGAUCUCGUCUGCGGAAGGCCGGAAGACGAUCAACGAGGAUGGUGCGGCUAUCUCUAUGGGCAGCAAAGGCGAAGACUCAGCCACCACGGAAGAUGAGGAGGGGCCAGGAAGGGACUCCCCGAUCACGCCGCCAGAGCUCCAACAGCGCUUCAAAAAUGUCCUUAUGCGCUAUUUCGAAGAGGUCAAGUCUCACCUCGUCCGCGACCAGAAGUCGUUGACCGCUCAAGGGCGUCGCAACGCUGAGGCAUAUGUCAAGUCUGGGGAGGUCUUUGAAGAUCGACAAGCAAACUACGAGAAGCAGGUCAAGUCCCAGGAAAAGCUUCUCGCAAAUGCGCAGGUGCUUGCAGAUGCACUCCGUGUCGAGAUGCCGGACCUCAAGGAGAAAGACGCCUCAGCCGCUGCAGGAGACGGCAGCAUCGGCCUCGUCAAGGCGGGCGAGUAUCUACGUGGCCAAGGCGAGGGCCCUGGCAUCUGGGAGGACGAAGACGAGCGUCGGUUCUAUGAAAACCUGGUCGAUCUAAAGGAGCGUGUGCCCGGAAUUCUGCUGGAGGACGGGAAGAAGAAAAAGCCCGAGAAUGGCGACCAAAUCGGGAAGCGCGCGGACUCCAAAGCGGAAGACAAGUCAGAGACCACGAGCGCUUCAACUUCCACUGAAGCGAAGAUAGCGGACAAUGACGAGGCAUCGAUGGCCAUCGCCAACAAAUCCGUUGGCGCGCAGGUUGAUGCCCUUCUCGCCCGCUUACCUGAAUUAACAACCAAAGAUGGGGUAGACGAAGUUGCGUUCGAGUUCUGCUUCCUCAAUUCAAAGGCCUCCCGAAAUCGACUUAUCAAAGCUGUGGAAGAAGUGCCGAAGGGCCGCUCAGAUCUUCUGCCUCUUUAUGCGAGGCUUGUCGCGACUCUUGGCAGGUAUCUUACAGAUAUUUCCCAGAGCUUGGUGACUUAUCUUGAUGAGGAGUUUCGCAGCCUACAGCGGCGUAAACAGAAGGAUUUCCUAGGCCAGGUUCGAACACUCAAUGUGCGCUACUUGGCGGAGCUGACCAAAUUCGGUGUCGUGCCGGAGCACGUAAUUUUUCAUUGCCUGAAGGUCAGCUUGGAUGAUUUCUCAAGGAUGAACAUUGAGAUCAUCAGCAACUUGCUUGAGAACUGCGGCCGAUACCUCCUGCGCAACCCCGAGACUUCUCCGCGAAUGAACUCAUUUCUGGAGACACUGCAACGCAAGAAGGCCGCUCAACACUUAGGCCAGCAAGAGCGCAUGUUGAUUGAAAACGCACUUUAUUACGUCAAUCCGCCUGAACGAGCUGCUAUUGAACAGAAAGAGCGGACUCCAUUGGACCUCUUCCUCCGCAAGCUUAUCUAUCUGGACUUGACGAAGCGUAACCUGGAUAAGAUCGUGAAGCAGAUUCGCAAGUUGCAUUGGGAGGAGCCUGAAGUCAUUAACCUUCUGCAGAAGAUAUUCACGAAGCCUGGUAAAAUCAAGUACAGCAACAUCCACCUACUGGCGGUGAUAUUGUCGUCGCUCAACCGAUAUCACCAAGAGUUCUGCAUCUCUGUCAUCGAUGACUUACUUGAGUCCAUCACACUUGGCCUCGAGCUCAACGACUUCAAAUUCAACCAGCGCCGUCUAGCUGAGGUGAAGUAUCUCGGCGAGCUCUACAUCUACCGGAUGGUCGAUUCACCCGUGGUCUUCGAUGCUCUAUACAAGCUCGUCACCUACGGUCAUGCGAACGGCACGCCUAUGCCAGGAAGCGCCAACCCGCUGGAUCUUCCCGAUGACUACUUCCGCAUCCGCUUGGUCUGCAAUCUUUUGGAGACCUGUGGCACGUUCUACAACAAGGGUGCGGCCAAAAAGAAGCUGGAUUUCUUCCUGACAUUCUUUCAAUACUACAUCCAGACCAAGGAGCCCCUUCCGAUGGACAUUGACUUUGUGGUUCAAGAUGCUUUCGCCUUGGUUAGGCCCCAGUGGAAGCUACUUACUUCGCUUGAGGAGGCCGGUCGUGCCUUUGCGGAAGCUGUGAAGGAGAAUUACCAGACUUCAGCGACCGGCAAGCCAAUCGAGGCUGAUGAAGUCGAGGAGGAAUCUGCGUCCGAUGAUGGUCAAGAUGUUGACGAGGAGGAUUUGGAUGAUCAAGUGGGCGAGGCUGAAGGAGACUCUGGCGAAGAAGUUGAUGCUACUGCUCAAGAAACCGAACCGAAGUCGAAUGAGUCGGACUCUGAGGAGGAGCAGAUCAUUGUCACUCGUCCUGAGGACGAACGAGACCCAGAAGCUGAUGCUGAUUUCGACCGCGAACUGGCGAAGAUGAUGGCCGAAAGCGUACAGGAUCGCAAACUCGAGCGGAAGCCGAUUUUCGACGUUCCGCUACCCAUGCGGCGAGCUCAGCGCGAUGUGACAGCAGCUGCCGAUGACAGCGAUCGUGAAAGCCCCGCGCCAAGCGGCUCGCCAAACACGAUGAAAUUCUCGCUGCUGAGCAAGCGCGGCAACAGGCAGCAGACCCGAUCCAUCGAUCUCCCAACCGACUCGCAUUUCGCAAUCGCCAUGCGCGCGCAGCAGCAGGCUGAGAAGGAAGAGCAGCAACGCAUCAAGAACCUCGUGCUCAAUUACGAUCUCCGUGACGAAGCCGAGGCAGACGGUGACCCCAACUUUCAUUAUAUACUCCAACCCAAUUUCAACCGCCCCGUCAACAAGCAAACAGUCACUGAGACAACAGCACCUCAAGGUAUCGACAAAACGCACAGCCCGUACAUCCAGCCUCGCAUCGACAAGGCGGGCAACAACCGCAGCCACCAGCGCGCACGGAAGCUGCAGCUCAGCGAUGUUGACUGGUAUGGAAAGAAGUCUCCUUCAGCUCUAGACUCUACUACUUCGGCACCAGCGUCUGCGGCCGGCAACGGACUUGCGACUCCUGGUGACGAACACCCAGCACGUUCGUCGGCUCAUGACGGCAAGGGACGCCGAGGUGGACGACGCGCUUAUAGGACUUUCGGCUGA